AUGGCUGUCAGGAAGAGUGUCCAAUUACUCCUCGUCAUCCUUUCUUCGACGUCCGUCAUCUCGCGCUCGAAUGUGGCCCAAGCCACAGGUAGAAGAUUGUUCGGCGGUUACAGAAUAGUCCCGAAAAUCUGUCAGCCGACGAUUCCGUUGCGCGUGAAGUCGAACGAACCAGCGAUAUGCAUGUUCAACUACGAGUGCUCGAGGAGAAACGGUCAAGUGGUCGGCGCCUGUAUGGACGGAUUUCUGUUCGGCGCGUGCUGUCAACUCCCGUCGAAGAAUUCCGGCCUAGUCGAUCUUGACAAGGUCCCGAGCAACGAUGAAAUAUUCAACGUGCACGAGAUCGAUCACGUGCCGGAUAUUCCGAUCCUGUUAAAUUCGGACGGUACGCCCCUCGGGAUGACCGUGUCCCAGGAUAACACGGUGAAAACCGAGACGCCCGGUAAUAAUCAUUUGAACAACGAUGGGACCGGGUAUACAAAGAUUUCCACUUUCAAAGUCCCGUCGACAACCACCAGACCAUCGUCCAGCGUGUCAUAUGUCAUGGACAGUGUUCAAAAUGCGGAGAAACCGCAGAUACCUAUCCAACCGGAUAUAAGUCAUCUGGAGGAGGACUUUCCAGCUCUGUUAGGCCAGCAGAAUAUCCUAGACGAUCUCGCGCUGCCUGGAUUGUUGAGUCAUUCUGACUCGAACAACGACAUACAGAAUCAUCAGGACGUUUCAGCCGUCAAUCCGAUCACCACUUUGCUCAGUCCCGAUCAGAUACUUCAGAUCGCCGAUCCCGUUGAUCAGCUUCCUGCUCUGUUCUCCCAGGGACUGGGCCAGAGCAAUCACAGUUCGGCGGAGACUGUACUGUUGAACGAGAACGGGACCAUGUUGAACGAGACGUAUAAUCCUGAUGAUCUGUUCAAGCCUGGUGUCGACUCCAGCACCGAGAAGAAGAGACUCACCGAAAUACCAACCACUCAGAGGCCAAAAGUAACCGAGAGCAUGGCGUUUAUGAGCACCAAGAAGAAGCCAACGUAUGGUACCACUUAUCAAGGCAGGCCUACGAUUCAUUGGGUCAAGUUUCCUGAUCAGUCUGGAUCCCUGAAUGACGCAGCGUCUUCUGGCUCCGAACAAAUGUUCAGCACCUCGUCGAUGACCAAAUCACCGUCAAUCACGCAAAUGUACAGUAACACGCAGCGAUUGACAACGAGCUCUCCCGUUCUGGAGGACGUCACCUUCGAAAAGGUCAGCACAGUGGAAGAAAGAGUGUCCACGAAGAACGUUGAGGCUAUUGGUUCCAUUAAUGAGAGGACUACUACUCCAAUGACCACUCUGAGCGAUGAGAAAGAUGAGUUGAUUAGGGUACCGACGAUCACUUACGACACGCCAUCCGGCAACAAGAAGGACGACACGGUGGAUACAGAAGAAAUGGCCAUUAAUCAUAUAAUUUCUAUCCUUAAUGACACAAAACCAGGUUCUGGUACUACUAUUCAGACACCGAAUUCAUCCAUAAAUAAGUGGGUCAGCAUAGAUGAGACAUCGAAACCGUCUCUGGUCAGAAUUUCCACGCCGAAGCCUGCUGUACCCCCACCAACCACUGCUCAGUCUUUCCCUUAUAUUUUCUACAAGCCAAUGCAAACGUCGAACUACUACAACUAUGAAACGGUUCCCACAGAUACAACUUAUUCUCCGUAUCCAACGACCAAUACACAUCCCUCGAAACCAUUGACUCAAGCCAGUACCAGCAGCUACGGUUAUCAGACCAAAACGACUACAAAUCCUCCAGCUCCCACGGUGAUAGUUCUAGGACCUCUUGAAACGGAAUUCACCGUCGAAACUACACAGAAGACCGUCACCAAGAAGCCCGAAAUUGUCCGACCUACUGCGUCGAUCGUUAGACCCACAACUGGAUCUUUAAGGCCGAGUCUACUAACCACCAAGAAGCCCAGCGUAUCCACCACGAUAACUCACAACAUCAGUACAGUGAUUUCGAAUGUGGCCACCAAUAACGUAGUCUCGACGAGUUUCUUCAGCGUGAACGUGAAGGAUGGAACCACUUCGAGACCGACACUCAGUAACAAGUACAGUACAGAACCUGUCCUCGCUGAGAAUGAACAAGCCUCUGAGAAAGUGCCCACCAGAAGACCCACAAUUUGGACCACCCUAGCACCCUGGUCGGACAAACCGAGUUUCUUCUUGAAACCGUCGACACCGUCGAUCGUGUUCCCCGACGACAAUUUAACGCCAGUGAACACCGUGAUCGUCAAAGACACCAGCGUCUCGACAACAGUGGACAUUAAAGGGACGACUGCGACACCUCCCUGCGAGGAAGAAACGCCAGCCCCUAACGACCUAAUCAACUUCCCACCGGUUCGUAAUCCAAAUCUGAACAUCUCAGCGCCCACCUCGCAGCAAGAGAAGCCCACCAUCAUCGAUACGUUCGACAAUAUCGGUUACCCUGACCUGGAGAUCCUGAACGAGAAUGAUAUACCGAUCUCAACGUUCGUCGAAGACGAUGUCCUGAAUAACAAACUCGACACAUUCGUGAACAAGAUCGUGGAGAGUCUGCAGGGCAAUUUCCAGGAUCUCAAAGAUGUUGUCUACAAUCGCACGAGUGUGACAACAGCCGCUCCUCUAUCCACCGUAACGAAAAGACCGACGACCACCACGAAGAAACCCGUGCGAAGACCAGUGUCGACGACCAAACCAUUGUCGUCGAGCACGACAAGAAGACCAGCGACCACGAAGAGACCUACAAGUCGUCCGACACCAUCGAGGCCAUCGACGGCGGAGAAACCAGGCAUCCGUCCAUCGAAACCGACCACGUUGAAACCGAAACCGACCACGGUGUCUAGCGUCACCACGAAGAAACCCCAGGUGACAACGAAACGGCCCAGACCGACCAGAAGACCCACCACAACGCUCGCUCCCACCACGGAGGCGGUAGUAGUCGAAGACGAAGAAGCUGGUCCAUUCACCACGAUCGAAACGACCACGGUUUCACAGCUACCAUCCUCAUCCGGUCUACGCUCACAAUGUGGGAUAAGACCUCUAGCCAGAGAAGGGAAGAUUGUCGGUGGUAAAGCAGCGUACUUUGGAAAAUGGCCCUGGCAGGUCCUAAUUCGCGAGGCCACGUGGCUUGGUCUCUUCACGAAGAACAAAUGCGGAGGUGUUCUCAUUACAGAGAAGUACGUCGUCACUGCUGCCCACUGUCAACCAGGAUUCUUAGCGACCCUGGUGGCAGUUUUUGGUGAGUUCGAUCUAUCCGGCGAAUUGGAGGGCAAACGAAGCCUGACGAGGAACGUUCGACGAGUGAUCGUGAACAGAGGCUACGAUCCUGCGACGUUCGAGAACGAUCUGGCUCUGCUGGAACUGGAUUCUCCUGUAGAGUUCGACGAACACAUCGUGCCGAUCUGUAUGCCGGAGGAUGGCACGGAUUAUACUGGGAGAAUGGCCACUGUCACGGGUUGGGGACGAUUGAAAUACGAUGGUGGUGUACCGUCGGUUCUCCAAGAGGUACAAGUGCCAAUCAUAAAGAACUCCGUCUGUCAGGAGAUGUUUCAGACAGCCGGCCAUUCCAAGCUGAUUCUCGAUAGCUUCCUUUGCGCUGGUUACGCCAACGGGCAGAAGGACUCGUGCGAGGGUGACAGUGGCGGGCCGUUGGUGAUGCAACGACCGGACGGAAGAUGGUUCCUGGUUGGCACGGUGUCGCACGGGAUUAAAUGCGCCGCUCCCUAUCUACCUGGUGUCUAUAUGAGGACCACUUACUUCAAGCCAUGGCUGCAGGGCGUCACCGGGACCAGAGGAUCAGGAAACUGA